GCGGUACUAACCUCUCUGAAACGUCCACGCUAUCCAGGUGGCAUCGGCCUCUCUUUGCGACCGCGUGUUAUCCACAGCCUGCGGCCAACACUGUCGUCGUCGGCACAGUCGUAUCCACUGUCCAUUCUCACCUUAACUGUGCCCAGCCCGUUGUAUGAAGGAGCAAGAUAGGGCCGGCAAGGAAGGCGAGGCACAGAAGAAAAGUUGGGAGUCGUACCUUCUGCUUUCUCAAAUCAGAGACAUUUAGAGCACGACAUUGCCUGUUAUUCCUAUCACACUGGCGCCGACAGAAGAGUCCCCCUUCUUUAAAUGGACGGUAAUGACCGUCGGCGCUCGCAGUAUGGUCAACCAUACCAGACCCCAUCGCAGUCGCGACCCCUGCCUGGACAAUCUAUGGGUCCACCUUCGAGCGAGCGGUAUGCCCAGUCCACCACACCCGCGAGAAGCGACGUUGGUCGGGCUUCGAUAGCCCGACCGUAUGUUCCUAGUUAUCCUGGUUACGGGUUCCAGGAGCAGCAAUACGGCACUGCGCAGAUGCAAGGCAGUAGCCCUAUGCAGGGUGUAGAAAUGCAGUAUCCACCUGCAUAUAUACAAGAUGCUUCAAGACAGCAACAAGUACAGGCUUCGCCUACUCAGCAGCAGCAACAACAAUAUGCGCAGUACGGCGCCGGAUCGAUGCUUCCCCCGGUUGGGGCUCAGUCGAUGUACGGUAAUAUUCCAUACCAGGAACGGCAGACUGCGAUCGAGGUAAUGGCAAGUCAAUUUGCAGUUCCGCAAUACAUGCCGCAUGGUGGCCAUGCAGGUAUGGGAGAAGUCGGGUCGAGUUCGUCCCAGUACAUGACAAGUCAGCCAGAACAAGCCGUGUAUGGUGCCGUGCCGGUAACACGUGCGCCUUUACAUCAGACCUACGCUGGUGGGCAGGUGGACUUCCCUGAAGUCGAACAACAAGCAACGCAAGCGCCAGUCGAGCCUGACGUCAACCAAGAGGCAUUGGACGAGGGCUUCAGAGAUUAUAGACAGCAGAUCCGGUCAGCAUUCGACUUCAUCGUAGCAGGCAGGGUGACGGAGGCCAGCGAAAGACUUUUGGCGGCAUCUCGCUGGUUGGUCAGCUCUAUCACUGCGUUAGGUCUACACCACGACGACGAAGGCAAACAUUCAGAACGAAUUGAGCUAUGGCGAGAACUCAAUCUCUGCUGGGAGGCAUUGGGUCAAAAGCAAAGAGAAAUUACAGAAGAGGCGUUGAGGACGACUAGGCUGCCAGCAGACAUUCUCUCCAGCGACAACAUUGUCAAUGUGGUUGACGAACUGAUCGGCUUGUGCGACCAAGUCGAACAAUACGGGCUUGUCGAUUUCGAAAUAGGCAUCUGGGAAGAACAAAUCACGCAUAUCUUCACCGUCUGUCUCGACCUCCUGCCUCGCAGUGGGCUUACGAGCCAAAGUGGUCGAGGACAGGCUGGACCGAGUUAGCAACAAACUCUUCAGCCAAAACAGAAAGAGACCGAGAGACCAACAGGACUACUGGUUACGAUUGAACGACCCAAGUUGACU